AUGGACAUAUAUACUUUAACACACCCAAAACGGUCUCUUACUAUUGCUCAUAAUCCGUACGAACAAGAGUCACAUUAUAUAAUAGAUCCAUAUUCACGACAAGUUACCUCAGGAAGAGGAUAUAUACAUGGAAAAAACAAUUUUUUACAUCCUUCUGAAGAAGCCGCAAUUUUGUUUUGUGGACGAGCAACUGGACCUCCAUUGCAGACUCACUGGAAGCCUGACCCAGAAGCUACAAAGUGUGUAAUGACUUGUUGUUACCGCGAGUUCGGUUUAUUCGAAAGAAGACAUCACUGUAGAAGAUGUGGUGACAUAUUUUGUGGAGCUCAUUGUUCUCACUAUAUUCGACUCGAUCAAAACGCCAACUUUAAUUUGGUAGGAUUCGCUUCACGGGUUUGCGAUAAUUGUUUUGAUGAUUAUACUCGAUUGUUAUACCGAUGCAAACAUCCACCUAAACCUUCUCGUUACUCGGGAUGUUCAGAAGAGGAGGAAGAUGAUUACAGAGAGUAUCGAGAUAGGGGUUAUCAAACAAUGAGUGGUAGCAGCGAUGAUGAAUGUAACAAUACAAAUACAAAAUAUGUAACACGUGAAGAAAAUCUUCUUAGAGAAGAUCUUAACAGUAUUAAACCAUAUUAUCGAAGACAAUUAG